AUGGGAGCUACGAAGAAUAUCUGGGAAAUAUUGGAGGCCGAAGAUGAAGCUAGCGGCAACGUCGCUUCCCGGAUUCCAUAUUCUUCUUUCGUCGUCGAUACCUCUUUGCCUCUCCCUGUCAUGAUUCCUCGCAUCAUACAGUUAUGUAAAGAUCUGUUCAAGAACUGGCGAGAGCUUGAUGAUUCCCUUUUCUCUGUUGAGAGAGUAUCUGGAGGCAUCACAAAUCUAUUGCUGAAGGUUUCUGUGAAGGAAGAAUCUGAUAGAGAAGUGUCUGUAACAGUUCGACUGUAUGGGCCUAACACGGAGUAUGUUAUCAACCGGGAGAGAGAGCUACUGGCGAUCAAGUAUCUCUCGACUGCCGGAUUCGGUGCCAAGUUGCUUGGUGGAUUUGGAAAUGGCAUGGUGCAAUCAUUCAUCAAUGCCAGAACAUUAGAACCAUCAGAUAUGAGACAGCCAAAGAUUGCAGCUCAAAUUGCUAAAGAGGUUGGAAAGUUUCAUAAAGUGGACAUACCAGGCUCCAAAGAACCUCAGCUAUGGGUUGAUAUUUUGAAGUUCUUUGAAAAAGCAUCUACUCUUAAGUUUGAGGAACCUGAUAAGCAGAAGCUCUUUGAAACAAUUUCGUUUGAAGAGCUGCACAAAGAAAUUAUUGAGCUAAGGGAAUUCACUGGCUUACUUAACGCACCGGUGGUGUUUGCUCAUAACGAUUUGCUCUCGGGAAACCUGAUGCUGAAUGAGGAAGAAGAGAAACUGUACUUGAUUGAUUUCGAGUAUGGAUCAUACAGCUAUAGAGGCUUCGACAUUGGAAAUCACUUUAAUGAAUAUGCAGGAUACGACUGUGACUACAGCGUCUACCCAAGUAAAGAAGAACAGUAUCAUUUCAUCAAGCAUUACUUACAGCCAGACAAACCAGACGAGGUGACGAUGGGUGAAGUGGAAUCAGUCUACGUAGAGACAGAUGCGUAUAAAUUAGCAUCUCAUUUGUACUGGGCAACAUGGGCGAUCAUACAGGCAAGGAUGUCUCCCAUUGAUUUCGAUUAUUUGGGUUACUUCUUUUUGCGAUACAAUGAAUACAAGAAGCAGAAGCCUCUUACCUUGUCACUUGUUACUUCUUACUUAUCUUCUUCUUCCGUGUAG